UUUUGAUAUUUCUACCUUUUACAUUUAGUAUUUUAUCAUUAUUUAAUAUUUGUCUGGCUCGCCUGGCGAAGGUAUUUAACAACAUUGACAGUGUUAAGACCGAACCUCUUCUUUAUAUUGGACUGUCACGGUCUACAUACUAAUGAAAAUUUCCAUAUACGAUCAAUUUAAUCGAUCCAUUUGAAUUCUCAUAUCGAUUAAUUGUGUCACCAGUGACAAAUACGAGUACUCGAGAGUUUCUUUAAUUUUAUAAUAAUUCUGUGCGCGUACGUAUGUACACGGUAAACAAACGAUCAUGCCUAAUCAAUCUCAAAAGUCCAACGAACCAUACCGUGAAUUAGAAUUAUGUGGUUCUGAAUUGAAUGUUAAUUCAGAAAGUACCUCAAGAUGUAGCAGAAGUUUUGGAAACAAUGUUGAAAGUAUGAUGGAACUAUCUUCUGUAGUAGUAAUUCCAGACGAUACGUUUACUGUAAUCCAAGCUAUCAAUGCACUAGGAUUUGGCAAAUUUCAAGUUAAACUGUCUCUGUUCACGGGUCUCUGUUGGAUGGUAGACAGUAUGGAAAUAACGAUAUUAAGUAUUUUAAGUCCAUCAUUGCAUUGCGACUGGGGUAUAACUAGAUAUCAACAAGCUUUGGCAACUACGGUUGUUUUUCUAGGUAUGAUGUUAAGUUCUACAUUUUGGAGUAAUUUGAGCGAUAGAUACGGUAGUAAGCAAUCUUUAACACUGUGUGCUGUAUUGUUACUUUACUAUGCAUUUUUGAGCGCUUUUUCCCCGAAUUUUCUUUGGAUUUUAUUACUUAGAGGAUUAGUUGGCUUUGCUAUUGGUUGUGUGCCACAAUCAGUAACAUUGUAUGCAGAGUUUCUUCCAGCAAAGCAAAGAGCAAAAUGUGUUAUUUUAUUAGACUGCUUUUGGGCACUCGGAGCUUGUUUUGAAGUGGCAAUAGCAUUGGUAAUAAUGCCAAACUUUGGUUGGAGAUGGCUUCUCAUUCUGUCAACAAUACCACUUCUUGUGUUUGCUGUAAUUACACCAUGGUUACCAGAGUCUACAGUAUUUGAUAUGACAACCGGAAGAAUGGAUAAAGCUAUUUCCACGUUAGAACGAGUAGCAAGAGAGAAUAAGAAACCUUUACCACCGGGAAGACUAGUCAUGGAUCGGUUCUAUCAAGUGAAUCAUGGCAAAUUGAAAGAUGUGCUAAGUAAAGAAAUGUGUAAGACAUCUACAUUACUUUGGCUCGUAUGGAUGAGUACAGCAUUUUGUUAUUAUGGCGUGGUGUUGAUGACUACAGAACUAUUUCAUACGUCGUCGGAGCAAUGUAGCUCUUGGAAAAAUAAAAAAGAGGAUACCUGCCAAUUGGAUUGCCGCUUGGAACGUAGCGACUACAUUGAUCUUCUUUGGACAACGUUAGCUGAAUUCCCGGGAAUCUUUUCCACUAUAUUUGCAAUUGAAAAAAUUGGCAGGAGAAAAACUAUGGCUUUUCAACUAGUAAUGUUCGCCAUGCUGAUUUGUUUCUUAGGCAGAGCUUGCUUGUUGAGCAGAGCAGCAUUGACACUCGCAGUAUUUCUAGCCAGAGGCUUAAUUGCUGGUGUAUUUCAAGCGGCUUAUGUCUACACUCCAGAAGUAUAUCCUACCCACUUGCGUAGUAUCGGAGUUAGUACUUGCAGUGCCAUGGCUAGAAUUGGCGCUAUGGUCACACCGUAUAUAGCACAAGUAUUUCUUCAAUGGUCUAUAACUGGCGCGAUGGCGAUAUACGCUGUAACAGCGUUAUGCGCUGCUGCGGCUACUCUCGCUUUGCCAGUUGAAACAAAAAAUCAGUCGUUGAACGAUUCGACUCAGGAAACUAGAUGAACUCUGUUUGAUUAGAUACGAGAAUAUAUUUUUGUUGAUAUAAUAUUGUUCAGCUAGCACAUAACUUUGAACCAGCAAUCUUUGUAUAAUGUAACAAAUAUCCUUAUAACUAUUGAUAUUGAUUUAUUUCAGUUUUUUUUACAUCUUUAUAGUUACAUGUACACAUAAUUAAUGUUACUUUUAAUGUUUGACCAUUUUUUACUUCAUGAACUGACCAGAAGUAGAAUAAAUUAUACGUAUCGCAUUAUAAGUUAUUCAACACACGUUUACUAUUCUCUUGCAGUAUUUGUGUUAAAUAUAGACUUCAAUAAUGGAUUUUAAAAGUACAUAAGAAAUGUAAAAAGACUGAUAUAAAAUAUUAAUAUACAACACAAGUGCCAAAAUGCACAAAACGUGCAAGAUUAAUAUUCAUACGUGAUAAAUAAUGACUUUUCUUACAUGUUUUAAUGUUUAUAUAAAUGAUAAGGUAUGUAAAACUAAAACAUUAAUUUAUUACUUUAACACAGACGCAAAGAAUAUUACUUUGAACAUUUGAUUUUU